AUGGCUCACAUUAUCAGCUGCAUGGCCGAUGCCGACCUUGGGCCUGGCACUCUCAACUCUUAUAUAGCAAAGCCAGCCUCCCCACAACCUCCCAAUGAAUCGAUAACUUCACCAACACAGCUGCCCUCUGCCUCGGCCGAGAAGCAGCCAUUCGCCUGGAGAAUGCAUCAACCAGAGACCAGGAAGUAUCAACUCUUCCCCAAGGGUGCCCAGACGCCCACCACCAAGGUGCUGGACCCCGAGCAAGCCUUUGCCCACGCAAUGGCCCAGAACCCCAAGACCGACAAGAACGACAAGCUUGCGGCGGCUGGCAAUGGACUCAGGAUACGGAUCAAGGAGCACAACCUCACCAGGAGGCGGAAGAUUAGCGUGCCUGAGCUUGGUCCUAUGACUACAGUACAAGAAGUCGCCAUGGAUUCCCCGACCAUCCCUGGAAGACCACCUCUACAUGAGCGAUCCGUCAGCGCCCCCGGCCAGAGCUGGAAGCAGCAGAACCAGAUUCUAGAUCUCUCUUACCACUACAGCCCCAUCGAGGAGAUUAAUCUCCCCAGAAGCAUCACACCCGUUCUCGAGACCCGAGCUCCUACACCUCCCAGGCAACCCCUUUCGCCCAAGCAACUCGCUCCUCUCGUCAUCCCUAAUCACCAAGGUACUCUCCCUCGCCUUGCCAAGCAGAUCUCUCUCACUCGCCUUCGAUCCGGGAGCACUCCCGUCGAUCCUCUCCAAGUUCGCUCCGCGAGGACAGAUGACUCGCCCAGAACCCGAACACCGUUCACGCCUCUCUCCUCCAGCUCAACUCAGAUGACCAACUCUACCCUUCCUACGCCCAUCUCCGCCCCCAUCAUCGAGUCUCGAGCGUCUCCAAAGCCUUGGGAAGCCCCGAGGGUCACUACUCCCACGCAAUGUAUCAUUGAGAGGGCCGGCACUCCCAAGACCGACGAACCUCGAAGCGCCAACGCCGUUCUCUACGGACACAGGAGAGGAGUUUCCGAGUCAGGUAGCAUUAUGGAUAGAGGUCGCCCUAAGAAGAGGAACGACGUCCGAAACAACAACGGUCCUCUCCUAAAGAGGUCCGAUUCCAAGAAGCGAAGCCAGAGCGCCGAGCGAAGAGCCUUUGAGCAACUCCCCAAGGGCUGGCGGGCUGCCGAGGCCGUCAACGCUUUGACGUCCAACGAGGUCUCGGAGCUCUACAGGCAAGCGGUAGGCCAAGCCGCCCGCUUCGAGGUUCUCAGGAAGGAGGAUGUGGAGGCCCUGUCAAGAGAACUCCGCCACCUAGACGAGCGAACGGAAUACCUUCGCCGCACUUACACCUCUCUCCGUGCUGGACGGCGCAAUCUUCACUCCCGCAUCUGCCAGUACCUCCGGUCUCCACGUGUUGCCAAGUUCAGUCACGAUUCGAUGCUUAAGCAAGAAGAGGCUCUCGCUGAGCUGGAUGCCUCUAUUGACGACUGGGUUACCAAGCUCGAGCAGGCCGAGAACCGCCGCACGCGGGUCCGCCAAAAGCUUCUCGAGCACGUUGCUGCAGCUGCCACGCUUCAGGGCACCGGUGCGGCCGCUGCAUCCGAGUCCCUGCAGCUAGCGAUGGGUAUCCGCCCGCCUCAGCAACAAUACAACGGUGUUGGCAAUAUCUCCACACCUCCCCGUAGCCCCACCAAGACCAACUUCUCUACCACGACCGCUACCGCUACCGCUACAGCUACCGCUACUGCUGCUCCUACCCACACCAUCUCUACCUCACCCCACCGCACCACCGCUCACGUACCGAGCACUAUUUUGGAGCAGCCUCUGGUUGAAGAAGCUGCUGCCAUUAGCGAUGAUCGGAAGAGCACCAUGACUGCCCUUAGCCGACGAGACUGUGAGAGCAUCCGCGUCUACGCUGACAGCGACGUUUAUGCUCUUCUCGCCGAUGUUGAGAGCGAGUUUACCAAGAUGACCAUUCCCAUUGAUUCCCCUACCCUGAGCGAUGCUGAGCGACAGGAGCUUCAUCGUGCGCGAAGCCACGACAUGCUCUGCGGCGCUGAAGAUGCCGCCGCGGCCGAAGCUCCCCUGUCCCAGUCUCUUCCCGAGGAGGCCACCACCACCACCACCACCACCACCACCACCAAGACCCCUUCGGCUCAAGCUGCGGCCGCCGAACCCAUCUACCUUACCAACGCUGUCUUCCGACCCAAUGCUCCUCGCAGGUCCCUUACUGCCUCCUAA